CAGACGCUGCUGCAGACAGACAAUCCCUCCAGACUUGGACGGCAGAAGCCUAGCAACACGAGAAAGGCGGUGACUGAGAGAACAGUAGGUUCCAGAAUGUCUCACGACGUUGCAAAUGUAUAUGGUAUUCGUUUACUUUAACGAUAUAUUAGGACGAUAUAUUUGUGCGCGGCGGCUUUGAUUUCCGAGACGCGCGUCUCCAAACUUUGUCCACUUCAAAAUACAGGUAGUGUUCAACCUCUCACUCGAACAGAAACCUAAAUUCUCGGACAAUGACAGGUUCAAUCAUUUUUAGCAUUCUCUGUAUUUGGAUGUUUUCACCCAGUCUGUCACGAGGGACCGGGUUUAUCUAUCAGUUUCCAGGUGUGACAUUGCAACGCAUCCACACUGAACACACCGCUGGACCCCCUGCAGGCACCAAUGCGGCUCGCAGGAACUGGUGUCAGUACACAGUGUCGAAGACUGUGUCAUGCCAGGUGCACAACGGGACAGAGAAGCUGGUACAGCGUAUGUUUCAGAGUUGCCGGUGGCCGGGACCCUGUUCUAACCUCAUCAGUUACAGGACCAUUGUCCGGCCCACAUACAUGCUAACGUAUCGCCAGGUGACGGCGUUGGAGUGGAGGUGCUGCCCAGGUUUUAUGGGCGACAACUGCAGAGAGGAAUGUAUGAACUGCACUGGCUAUACUGAUAUGAAUAACAGACUGAGUAUCCUUGAGUCCAAGAUUGUGUUACUGGAAGAGGCAGGACCACCACCUCUCCCAUUCAGAUACUCCCCAGAUAGGUCUUCAGAUAACGAGGUGGGAGCACCCCAACCCACCCCCAUGCCUCCCCCCACCAUUGGCCUACCAGGAGCAAGAGGCCCCCCAGGACCAGUUGGACCCCAAGGCGUGGUGGGACCCCCUGGACGCACCGGAGAGACAGGCCUCGUAGGGAAAUCUGGACCCAUGGGACCCAGAGGGCCCCAGGGCCAGCGAGGAGCCCCAGGGGAGAGAGGUGUACCUGGGCCAGCGGGAUCUCCGGGGCCAGCCUCUCCCUUCUCUCACAGAGGAGAUGUGUUUGGUCUGAGGGAGCUGGACCAGUAUGAAGAGGCUGCGCUCCCUUCACGGAAUAACCAGAAAGAUGUGACCGGUCCCCCAGGCCCCAUCGGACCCCCUGGACCCCCAGGCCGGCCUGGACCCACAGGGCCUGCUGGAAACACAGGUACCCCAGGCAGAAACGCUGGGUUUGGUCUCUCAGGCAAGCCUGGGGAUCGCGGACCUAAAGGAGACACUGGUGAAAGGGGACCCCCAGCACUCAGGGGAGAACAUGGUCAGCCAGGUGCACCAGGGCCAAAGGGUGAACCAGGAGAUAGCCAGGCUGAGGGGGAGGGGGUGCAGCAGCUGAGAGAGGCUCUGAAGAUCCUGGCUGAGAGGGUUCUCAUUCUGGAGCACAUGAUCGGCAUUCAUGAGAACCCACUAGAACCUGGUUCUGGCCUGGACAUCCUGUCAGACCUGGUGCCCAUGUUUAAAAACAAAAGGGCGGGACCCAAUACCCUGCUCCACUCUCUCGCCACGGGAGACCGGAAGCUGAUUGGAGAGGAAAGAGUGAGGAGGGGGGACAAUUAGAUGCUCAUGCCAAUGGGUGUAGAGCAUGGUUUGUAUAUGAACUGUGAUUGUUUAAGAGACUGAGAUGGACGUACCAUGUGUUCUCUGGGCCAGAGUGUAUGACCAGUCAAUCCUCAUGGAAGCACAGAAUUCCAUCAAUCUGGGCUUUGGGCGAUCGAGCGUCUGCAAAAUGACCCCUUCUCUUACUCAGAUUCUUGAAUUUGACCUGUUUAUAAUGUGUGUGUUUUUUACAUUGACUUUUAGUACUGUUGUCAUUAUCGUAGUCAUGUUAUUCCAAUGUAAUGAUGUAACUUUGGUGCUGGUACUGGCCUCAACGUGUGCAUAUUCUUAAAGUCUAGGUAGCAGAUAAUGGACCCUAUCAGAUAUUUAUGUAGUUGGUGCUGUAUAUGAACAUAAAUACAUGGGUUCUAACUUGAAACAUUAUUUGUUAGUUUACAACUGUACAAUUUAUGCUCACCGCAUAUAAAAUACACGAAGACUGACGGGAAAUGUACAGUUGAAGUCGGAGGUUUACAUACACUUAGGUUAGAGUCAUUAUUCAAACACUCCACAAAUGUCUUGUUAACAAACUAUAGUUUUGGCAA